GAGAGAGAGAGAGAGGAGAGGGGAGACAAAACACAAUACAAGGGGAAGAAAUGGGUCUUUUGUCAUUUUGAGGUUACCUCUAAACUUUGGUAAUGGUGAGAGCUAUGCCAAGUUGAAUUCCAUGAAUGGUUAGUUAAUCUAUCUGAAGGGAGACUUUGUUUCGAGAUGGAAGUAUUGCUUCUUUGGACAAGAACAAGAGAGAUUCUCAAUAACAGAAAGGAGAGCCAAGUGAUCUCACAAGAAGAAAACAAUCACACAACUGUGCAAGGAUACAGACAGUUGUAGUACGAGGUCCGCAGCUCCAAAAAUUCCCCAGCGAUGGCUUCUAGCUGCUGCACUCCUGUUCCAGUCAUUGCCAUCUCUCUUGGGCUUCUACUUCUUGCUUCUAUAAGUUCUGUCCUCUCAGAAUCUAUGGGAAACAACACAUUCCGACCCCGCAAAGAGCUACUGAAGUCUAGGAGGAUGAGAGCUCUUCUCAAAAGGCUUAACAAGCCUUCUGCCAAAACAAUUCAGAGUCCUGAUGGUGAUAUUAUAGAUUGUGUUCCAUCACAUCUGCAGCCAGCAUUUGAUCAUCCCAGACUUAAAGGACUGAAACCUAUGGAUCCACCAGAAAGACCCAGAGGCCAUAGAUUUACUGAUCCACUGGUUGAUGAAAGCUUUCAAUUAUGGAGGAUCUCGGGCGAAUCAUGUCCCGAUGGAACGAUACCGGUCAGGAGAACAAACGAAGAAGAUGUUUUGCGAGCCACUUCGGUAAAGAAGUUUGGUAGGAAGCUGGCAGCAAGACUACGGCGAGAUUCUGAGAGUAGCAGCCAUGAGCAUGCGGUUGGGUAUGUGGUAGGAGAUCAAUAUUACGGAGCAAAAGCAAGCCUAAAUGUAUGGGCACCGAGCGUAACCAGCCCAACUGAGUUCAGCUUAUCACAGAUAUGGGUCAUCUCUGGAUCCUUUGGCCAUGAUCUCAACACCAUUGAAGCCGGAUGGCAGGUCAGUCCACAGUUGUAUGGAGACAAUGCUCCAAGGUUCUUCACUUAUUGGACAACGGAUGCAUACCAAACUACUGGAUGCUACAACCUCUUGUGCUCGGGUUUCAUCCAAACAAACAACAGGAUCGCUAUUGGAGCGGCAAUCUCCCCAACAUCAACGUAUAAUGGUGGGCAGUUCGAUAUCAGUCUGCUGGUCUGGAAGGAUCCGAACCAUGGUAAUUGGUGGCUAGAAUUUGGAUCAGGCCUGUUGGUAGGCUACUGGCCAUCAUUUUUGUUCAGUCACCUAGCAGAACAUGCAAGCAUGGUGCAAUUUGGCGGAGAGAUCGUUAACACCCAGCCAUCGGGAUCCCACACCUCAACCCAAAUGGGUAGCGGCCAUUUUGCCCACGAAGGCUUUGGCAAGGCAUCCUACUUCCGGAAUGUACAAGUCGUCGAUUGGGACAACAGCCUGAUACCUGUGCAAAACCUUCGGGUCCUCGCAGAUCAUCCGGAUUGCUACGAUGUACAAGGAGGGAGCAACAGCGUGUGGGGAAAUUAUUUUUAUUAUGGAGGCCCAGGAAGAAAUGUGAGAUGCCCGUGAACAAAUGAAAGAGUUUGUUCUUAUAUUCUUUAGGUUUUUCUUAACAAAAAUGUUAUCUUUUUUCUUUUCCAUUUCCCACCUUUCUUGUCUCUUGAUUUUUGAUUGAUUAUUGUACACCCUAUGUAAAUUUUGGGAAAGGAAGAUACAGUGGUUCUAUACACACACUUCAGAUUGUGGCUUUAUUUUGCCUUA